UCGAAUAUCGAUUCGUUGGUCGAACAUACUUCUGUAGUUGAUGCUGGGCGCUGUUUUUCCUAAAUUUUUUCGUGUCAUUUACGAAAUAGCAAAUAAGAAUAUUUGCACGAAUAUGGCAAAGAAAAGCGCACUUUUGGUGAUUGCCGAUGGCUCGGAGGAAAUGGAGGCCGUGAUAACCGCUGACGUUUUAAGACGUGCCGGGGUUGUUGUUACCGUAGCUAGUCUGUUGGAUGAUAAUUGCGUGAAAUGCAGCCGUGAUAUUAAAAUCUGUGCGGAUGCCAAGCUCGCAGAUGCCAGUAAGAGUCAAAAGUAUGAUGCAGUGAUACUGCCCGGUGGCCUGGGUGGAUCAAAGGCAUUUGCAUCAUCUGUGGCAAUAGGAGAUCUAUUAAAAGAACAAGAGAAAGAAGACAGAGUGAUAGCAGCUAUCUGUGCAGCCCCUAUAGCUUUGAAAGCUCAUGGGAUUGCCAAAGGAAAGCAAAUUACUUCUUAUCCAUCGAUGAAAGAUGAACUAGUCAGUGAAUAUAAUUAUUCAGAGGACAAAGUGGUGACAGAUGGUAAUUUGAUAACAAGCAGAGGACCAGCAACAGCCUUUGCUUUUGGUCUGGCUAUUGUUGAAAAAUUAUUGGAUAAAGAGACAGCUAGUACAGUGGCAAAGGCAAUGCUAUACACUGACUACAAAUAAAACUCCUCUUCAAAAUACUAUUUUUAUAACCAAAUAAGAUAUACAUAUGUAGAAUUGUGAGUGUGAUAUAUUUUCGAUUUUUCAAGUAUAGAAUUUCUUUUUCUAA